GCUAAGUCCUUCCACGUGGCAUUCCUGCAGCCUAGUACACCAUCACACACCAUGCGUUUCGGAACUGUUGUCACCGCCGCCAUUGGCCUCUUGGCCAACACUGUGUCGGCCAGUACAGAUGCGGAAGCCUCUGAUGACUUCAUCAACCAGCUUAACGAGCAGGCUAUUCAGAACCUCAACACAACUGAGACGGCCAAGCGCAGUUGUAAUCUGUUUACGGCCGGCGUCCGAAAGGACUGGACCUAUCUCAGCGCAAAGGAGCGCAAGGCGUACAUCAGCGCUGUUCAAUGCCUCCUCGCAAAGCCCUCCAAGAUUGACCCGGCCUUUGCUCCCGGUGCUCGUAACCGAUACGACGAUUUUGUAGCCGUUCACAUUAACCAGACGUUGACUAUCCAUGGCACGGGCAAUUUUCUGACGUGGCACCGAUACUUCACGUGGGCUUAUGAGACUGCUCUUCGAGAUGAAUGUGGUUACACUGGGUACCAACCGUACUGGAACUGGUUCUACAAGCCCGAUGACCCAUACAAUAACCCGCUGUUCGAUGGUAGCGACACGAGCAUGGGCAGUGACGGAGCGUACAUGGAGCACAACGGUACCCUUGCCUCUCAGGGCAAUCUCUUUGUCCCGUCAGGCAAGGGUGGAGGUUGUGUAAAGUCUGGGCCUUUUAAGGACAUGGAACUGCACAUCGGUCCUGUGAGCCCUGCUAUGCGUGGGUUGGCUGCUAACCCCAGCCCCGAUGGCAGGCUGGGAUACAACCCGCGCUGUUUGAGUCGCGACCUCUCUCCCAUCGUCUUCACCAAAUUCUUUACGCUGCAGAACCUCGUCAACAUCACCAUUGGCCAGGCGAGUAACAGUAUUGGCUCAUUCCAGACGGAGUUUCAGGGCCGCUUUGGUGAUGCUUUCCUCGGUCUCCAUACUUCGGGUCACACUGGUAUUGGUGGCGAGGCCAGUGACGUCUUCUCUUCACCCAAUGAGCCCACCUUCUUCCUUCAUCACGCCAUGGUAGACCGCGUGUACUGGAUCUGGCAGGCUCUUCACCUCAGCAAGGCCAACACCAUUGCGGGGACCAUCACCAUUAACAACUCGCCUGCAAGCCGUGAUGCCCUCAAGUCGGACAUCCUCAACAUGGGCGGUGUUCUAGCCAUGGAUCGUCCCAUCAGCGACCUCUUCAAUACUUUGGGGGAUAGCCCGCUGUGCUAUAUUUACAUUUAGAGUACGACUUGGACAAUAUACUGUACAUAGGUUCUUCUAUUCGCCCCAUCAGAAGGCGAAAAACACGGAAGCUACUAGUCCAACUUGCUUGAUUAAGCACAAGUUUAAUUUAC